GCAGCCCGCUUGUCGGCUCUGUGAUUCUCUCUCUCUUUCUGCAGCUUUAAGCUCGGCUGUCAAACUCGUUUUGUGUGUGGGGUGUGUGCGGCGUAUCUUAACAAUCGUACCCAGCAGUUCCUGCUCAGUUGCGUCACACUACUAUGCACGACCGAAUCUUGUAGUUUUUUUUUUCUUUUUUUAACUCCAUCGGGGUCAUUCUUUGGUAAACGCCCUCUUAUUGUACCAAAGGACGGGCAGCCAUUCUUUUAAACUUUUUUUUUUACUUCAGCGGCACGUUGUGUCGGCUGAAUCUUUCGCGUUUUAAAGCUUUUAUUGACUUUUUUCACUAAGAUGAGUAUGAAUGACCGAGAUGAUGUGCGUCUGGACGUAGAGAUGGAAGAAGUGGAGAAGCUCUCCGGUAUCUAUAAUGACAAGGAUGUUAUUGAACAGGAAUUUUAUCCAACUUAUGGAGCAUUGAAUGAUGGAACAGACAUGCCAAAACCUGAAUGGGUGGAGUUUAACCAGCAAAGUGACUCCCUGUUUUUUAAUGAUGGUAAACGAAGGAUUGAUUUUGUUUUGGCCUAUGAAGAUGAGGACAUGAAAGAAUAUGAAAAAAGAUAUCAUUUUCAGAGAAAAAAGAUGAAAAGAGAACAUUAUGAAGCAAGUCUUAUUAAAAUGGGUCUAGAACUGGAAGCAGCACGCUCUGUUGUGAACGAGAAAUUAGUUUUUGUUAAAGUUCAUACACCCUGGGAUGUUCUCUGUACAUAUGCUGAAGUAAUGCACCUUCAAAUGCCCAUCCAGAUCAAUGAUUUAAAGAGCAAAGCGUCUACAUUUAACUGCUUCACUAAGAUCUUUUCUCCAAGUGAGGAUAUAAUCCAUCCUGAAACAGAAUAUUUUACUGCUCCUUUUGAAAAAGAAAGGAUUAAUCAUUUUCUAAUUGAAGAUCAAGAAACUUUUUUUAAUCCAUCAACUCGAAGCAGAAUUGCAAAUUAUAUUUUGAGUCGUGCAAACUAUGAGGUAACCGACAAAGUAAGAAAAUUUGGGAUCAACAAACUGUUGGAUGCUGGAGUGUACAAGGCUGCCUUUCCACUACAUGAUUGUAGAUUCAACGUAAAGUCAGAAGAUUUAAAAUGCCCCAAUGAACGGUACCUUCUAUAUAGAGAAUGGGCACAUCCUAGGAGCUUUUAUAAGCUGCAGCCUUUGGAUUUAAUAAGAAAGUAUUAUGGAGAAAAGGUUGGAAUUUAUUUUGCCUGGCUUGGUUUUUACACCAAGAUGUUGGUCGUUGCAGCAUUUUUUGGAUUAUGUUGUUUUAUCUAUGGAUAUAAAACAAGAGAUACAAAUACCUGGAGCAUAGAGGUAUGUGAUCCUGAAGUUGGAGGACGAAUAAUAAUGUGCCCGCAAUGUGACAGAGAGUGCACAUACUGGAAACUGAAUAGUACCUGUGAAUCAACUAAGAAACUCUCCAUUUUUGACCACUAUGGUACAAUGGUAUUUGCAGUCCUGAUGUCAAUAUGGGUUACUAUUUUUUUGGAGUUUUGGAAGAGGCAUCAAGCAGAGCUGAAUUAUGAGUGGGACACUGCUGAAUUUUUGGAGCAGGAAGAAAUACCACGACCAGAAUAUGAAGCCAAGUGUAAAUAUGAGAAAAUAAAUCCAGUCACAAAGGAAAAAGAAUUAGUUCCACACAGAACAUGUGAAAAGUGCUUGAGAGUGUCCUGUGGAGUAGGAACUGUCUUGUUUUGGAUUGUGCUGAUUAUUGCUUCAGUAGUCGGAAUUAUAGUCUAUCGUCUUUCAGUUUUCUUUGUCUUUGCCGCAAAAAUGCAACAUGAUCUGAAAGAACUUCAGCCUUUGAAGGACUACUUGACCCCACAGAUGGCUACUUCAGUAACAGCUUCCAUUAUCAGUUUUAUUAUCAUCAUGAUUUUAAAUAUGGUGUAUGAAAAGGUGGCAAUAAUGAUUACAGAUUUUGAACUUCCUAGAACACAAACUGAUUAUGAAAACAGUUUGACCUUGAAGAUGUUCCUAUUCCAGUUUGUCAACUACUAUUCCUCUUGCUUUUAUAUUGCCUUCUUCAAAGGCAAAAUUGUUGGCUACCCAAAAUCCCCAGUAUAUUGGCUGGGUAAAUACAGGAAUGAAGAGUGUGAUCCCAGUGGCUGUCUUGUUGAGUUGACAACACAGCUUACAAUUGUCAUGGGAGGUAAAGCCAUCUGGAAUAACAUACAAGAAGUGCUUUUGCCAUGGAUAAAAAAUCUAAUUGGCCGUUAUAAAAAAGGAAAACCUGCAGAAAGACAAAUUCCACGAUGGGAGCAAGAUUAUGAACUUCAGUCUUUGGGAAAACUAGGAUUAUUUUAUGAAUAUCUUGAAAUGGUCAUCCAAUUUGGCUUUGUGACUUUAUUUGUGGCAUCUUUUCCUCUUGCCCCACUUCUUGCACUUCUCAAUAACUUGUUUGAGAUUCUGACUACAAGUACCGACGCCUGGAAACUGACACAUGACAGUGGGGCAUGGCAGCCUGAAAAAGCACAUGACAUUGGGGCAUGGCAGCCAAUUCUUCAAGGGAUUGCUAUUUUGGCUGUGGUAACAAAUGCUAUGAUCAUUGCUUUCACAUCUGAUAUGAUUCCUCGCUUAGUUUACUACUGGUCUCUCUCAGUGGAACCAUAUACAGACCAGUAUUCUUCAACAGAUUCUGCUAACAAAAACAAUACCAUGCAAGGCUACAUCAACAGUACACUGUCUGUCUUCAGUAUCUCUGAUUUUUCAGACAGGAGCAAACCAAAAAAGUUACCCAUGUGGUUUAACAAUGAAACAGAUACAACUUGCAGGUAUCGAGAUUUCAGGUAUCCACCAGGACACCCUCAUGAGUACAUGCUAAGCAUCUAUUAUUGGCACGUGAUUGCGGCUAAGCUGGCUUUCAUAAUUGUCGUAGAGCACAUUGUCUACUUCACAAAGUUUCUCCUGGAAUACUUGAUUCCUGAUGUCUCUGCAACAGUUAAGGAACAAAUAAAGAGAGAGAGCUACCUGACCCAGAAAAAGCUCCAUGAAACAAACCUUAAACUUGUGAGAAAGCGUGUGGGAUCCAUGGCUAACAAGCUCAUCAAGGACAAUGAAAUUCCAUUUGAAAUGAUUACACCUAAGUAAUGGACCUUGGCAUGCAUAUAAUUAUGAAAUAUUUUGCACAUUACCUACUGCAGACAUCAUGUGGCUCCAUUCCUUUUAGCAUUUUUACACCCCUAAGAAACCAAAGAGUUGGCGUUGCACUGCAAAAGACUAACAUAGUGACUUUUAAAUCACAUAGGCUUAUUGACAACUGGUGAUCACAACACUCCUUAUGUUCUUCACUAUAUCAAGGAGGUCUCUUUCUGUUUAGAGACAGAGCUGCCUAAACUUAAACCUAAGCCUAACCUAAAGUUAACAGAUGCAAGUAUUGGCAUCUUUUCUCAGGAUAUAGGGGGUUUCCCUUGUAAAACACAGAAAACCCUCUUACAGCAGAAUCACCGGCAACAUGAUAUGUCAAAAGUGUGAUAGGCCCCUUGCGACACAGCUCUGUGCGCCGAACGUUACUUCUCAGCUGUCUAGGAGGAUUUUUUUUCUGUUCAUGCUUAGGCUGUUUCAUUCAUAAAUGACAUGGGAUGCAUUUGAUCCGAACAAAGAAAACACAUGGAUAACAAUGUUUAUUAGCAGUCAACUGGUAAUUUAAAAUACCGUAGAUGUUAAGGAUAUUUCUCAAAUGGAAACAAUCGCCUCUUCUUCCAUAGUUUUUAACCUUAUUUAACUAAUUCAUAAGAGUUUAUGUGUCAUUUAUAAUGCAUAGUAUUCUACACAUGGCAUACUGUAUUUAUGUGCUACUUUUAACAAAAGGGAAGCCACUCCCUGAGUUUAUGUGAAAGCUUAUCUUUUCAUGUUUAACACUUUCUCUUCAUAUCUGUGGUUAAUGUUCAGAGAGCAUUGACAUUUUAUUUGUCAACAUGAGCGCUAAAUUAUCCAUGUGAAUUUGAUUUACAGGUAGAAUUACUGAAAGAGGUCAUGAAAAAUGACUUUAAUGUGUACGGAUACAGAGGAGGAACAAAUGUGUUUGUCAGUGCCACUACAAUCUACCUCAUACAUUCCGGUAAAUGGUGAUCACCCCAAUACGACGGCCAUUUCUUUGAAGGAGACUAUAAUACCCAUACUAUAGCUAGUUCAAAAUAUUUUUUACUACAGUCUCUUUAAAUUUAUAUUCAUCAGUACAAUUUGACUGUGUAAACAAUUGUUUCCGGCUGUGUUUAUUAUAAGUAAAGGUUAUCCUGUUGUAAUAAAUAAUAAGCAAUAGUAUAUCUUUAUUUUCAGAAUUCUUUCAUAAUCUUCCUUUAUUGAUGUGACAAAUAAGCCCAGCUCCGUUAUACCUACAGUAUAGUGUUGAAAAUAAAGUAAGAAAAUUAAUCGGAUAUGAAUUUUUUUUUUUUAGAAAGCUUUGCACUUGAAUUUCCCAUUUGUGUAUUUGUGUUCACUAUUCUGUUCCUCGUUUUUGUUUUUUAUUUGAAAUUUGUGUUUAAUAUUGCAUUUAGUAAUCAGCCAUUUCAAAUGUUUGCAUGCAAAUAUGAAAUAUGUAAAUGUGUGAAAAAUGUACUAUAAACACUUAUUGACACUAGAAAGGAAAAAAAAAA